UAAACGACGCUGAUGUUACUUCGGCUCUACGCUGUCGUUUAAUUCCCCAAUUCAACAAUCAAAAUUUCAACCAAAUUCAGGAAAUUUCAGUUUUUGUUUGGUUACUUAUAUUCAAUCCAAUCUCCCUCUCUUGACCCGAUCUUUCAAGCUUUUCGUUUUCUUUGGGGUUUGAUUAGCUGCUCAUUCAAUUUUACUUCUCCUCGUUGUCAAUGGCAGCUUCAUCAGACCCUUGGAUAAAAGAAUAUAACGAAGCAGUAAAAAUUGCUGAUGAUAUCAAUGGCAUGAUAUCUGAAAGAAUUUCCUUACCUGCAUCCGGACCGGAAACUCAGCGUCAUGCAUCGGCUAUAAGAAGAAAGAUUACAAUUUUAGGGACUAGACUUGAUGGAUUGCACUCCCUUAUGUCUAGACCUACUGGGAAGCCCUUAACAGAGAAGGAGAUGAACCGUCGCAAGGAUAUGGUUGCAAAUUUGAGAUCAAAAGCAAAUCAGAUGGCUUCUGCAUUCAAUAUGUCAAAUUUUGCGAACCGAGAUAGCCUGUUGGGGCCAGAAACGAAGGCAGAUGCCAUGAGUAGAACGGUAGGUUCGGAUAACUCUGGCCUUGUUGGUCUUCAACGACAAAUAAUGAAAGAGCAAGAUGAGGGUCUUGAGAAGUUGGAGGAGACAGUUAUAAGUACAAAGCAUAUUGCAUUGGCAGUCAAUGAAGAACUUGAUCUGCAUACCAGACUCAUUGAUGACCUGGACCAACAUGUGGAAGUUACCGAUUCUCGCCUACGGAGAGUGCAGAAAAACCUGGCAAUUUUGAACAAGCGAACAAAAGGUGGUUGUUCCUGUAUGUGCAUGCUGUUAGCUGUUAUCGGUAUCGUGGUUCUGGUCGUUGCCAUUUACCUUCUGAUCAAAUACUUAUAAUACCAACGAUUGCAAACAAAACAAGCUAGCCAUUGUUGUAUGUGGGUGUCGUGUGUGGAAUUCGUUUUCAGUUAUUGCCUCCAUGUUGGGAACUUCUUAUUUGGCUUUGUCCCACUCCUUUUCCUUUUAUUUUUUUUCGUUGAAGAAGCUGAGCCGCACGAAAUAUGUAAAUUUACAAGUAAUUUUAGUAUUGUAGACAAAUUUUAACUAUCUAUCUUAUGUUCUUCCUUUUGUUGUUGAA